AUGAGUCAACGGAGACGUCGCCUGAAUCUGCCACCCGGUGACGUAGCCCAUCAUGAAUCCGAAGAUUCCACCGAACGUCAUCAGAAUCCAGAAGGUAGUGUCGAAGAGGUUGUCAAAGUAGAAGACGGCGCCGAAUUCUCCGUUGAAAAGCAUCAGAGGGAGGAAGAGGACGAGGGCGUUCAAAUUGUUGUACAUCGUCAGACGCCACAGACAAUCGCCGACCGAGGAGAGCACUCUGGAAUUGAUUUUUUUUAUAGUGAAAAGCUGGAAAACUCAAAUUUUGGAGUAAAAAAUGGGAUUUUCAGGGAUAUCCCAUGGAAAAAUCUGAAUUUUAGAGCGUUUUUAUUACGAAAAUAG